UAAUAGUGGCCUGCUCCAGUCUUCUCCUCUGUACCAUGAGGACGUUACGAGUCCUGACACUUCUUUCGGCAGCAGUCCUGCUUUGCAGCGCUGCCCCAGGUUUGGCGCCACUAACAUGCAGUGAAGGUAACGGUCCGGCGGCAGCAGACAAGGCAGUGCAUCACAUCAAUGAGUAUCACGACCAUGGCUACAAAUUCAGACUGCAUGAAGUUCAAGGAAACAGUGUGGAACAGGUUGAUGGUGGAUGUAAUGUAAAGUUGCAGCUGGAUCUUCGGGAGACAAAAUGCCACACUACCAACCCGAAACCCUUUGAGGACUGUGAACUACGUAGAGAGACACAGCGGGCAGUGAAGGCCAACUGCACUGUGUUGAUGACUAUAAAAGAUGGUGAUGCCACCAUAACCAAAUAUGAAUGUGACACACGACAAGUAAAUACUAACUCGGAGAUGGUACGCAUCUGCCCUGACUGUCCCGUGCUGCUGCCUCUCAACGACUCUGAAGGUCUCAAGUCUGUUCAUGAAGCAACAACAGAAUUCAACAAGAACACCAGUAACCAGCACUACUACGUCUUGAAGGAAGUGGGACGGAUAUCAUCUGGGUAUAUAAUGACAUCUGGAAUGAACUACUAUGCUGAGUUUGCCCUUGUGGAGACUCGUUGCCCAAUGGGCUCUAGAAUCGUAAUUGAGGCAUGCACUCCGCUCUGUCCUGACAGAGCUCGUCAUGCUUUCUGCAAGUCAUCUUACUCCAGUGAAAAUGGACUCCUGUCCAAUGACUGUGAUUUCUAUCCUGCAGAGAACACCACUGCCCUUGGGCCUGAUGAGAAGGAGCCUGACUGUAGACAUCAUGGAAGACGCCCUCCUCAUAGUCAUGGUGGCCCCCCUCCACAUGCUUACGACCAUGGUCAUGGCCCCCUCCACAUGCUCACGACCAUGGUCAUGGCCCUCCUCCACAUGCUGGCAAAGGAGGACGCCCUCCUCAUAGUCAUGGUGGCCCCCCUCCACAUGCUCACGACCAUGGUCAUGGCCCUCCUCCACAUGCUGGCAAAGGAGGACGCCCUCCUCAUAGUCAUGGUGGCCCCCCUCCACAUGCUCACGACCAUGGUCAUGGCCCCCCUCCACAUGAUCAUGAACAUGGUCAUGGCCCUCCUCCUCCUGGUGGCAAGAGUAAAGGGUCAUUUCAUCCCCUACGGCGCUUUCAUCCAUGUCACAGAUUCCUAGUCAAUCCUGACCCAGCUCUCCACCCUAUUUGCCCCUGGCCUCUUCCUCACCGCACACACAACUAAUCCAGAAUUAGCCGAGCAUUGCCAAAUAAAGAACAUGGUUGUUUUGCGUACAAUGUGCCAAAAUAUAGUGCAUACAAAAUAAACCAUCUAGGUGUUGAUUACUUGAAGCUGGAGUAAGCACUGUGAUUGUUAUUUCUGAGAUUCAGCAGACUCAGAACAGCAGUUCUGAAGUUUGGUUUGAUUUGACAUCUAUUUAAUUACAUUAUGAUGCUGGCAGCA